GCAGCUCAGCUCAGCUCAGCUCAGUCUAGCCCAGCCCAGCCCAGCCUGGACCAGCUGUUUCCUUCCCCACUGAUGGCCAGUCUCAGCAUGACCAACAGCAGCUCAGAGCUGCCAGGCUUCCGGGCCCUGGAUGCCUCUACUGUGCGUCUUCUGCAGCCUCUCUGGGACAUGAUCAAGGCCAGAGAGGGGCUGCUGCAGUCCCCCUUCUUCCCAGUCCUCUUCUCUGGUACCACCUACGUGGCCUUCUGCCUACCUUUCAUCGUCCUGGACUUUGUGAGCUACAGGGUCCCAGCCCUGAGGAAGUACAAGAUCCAUCCUCAUUUCUACCCAUCUGCAGGGCAGGUUCUGCUGUGCUUACUGCACACGGUCUAUCAGCACGUGGUCUUCAUCUUCCCUGUGACCGUCCUCCGCUGGCACUGGGGCCCCCAGACCUGGCCAGCAGCGGCCCCGGGUCUCUGGGAGCUCCUCUACCAUGUGACUGUGUGUCUCCUGCUCUUCGAUGCUGAGUACUUUGUGUGGCAUGUGCUGCAUCACAAGGUCCCCUGGCUGUAUCAGACCUUUCACAAGGUCCACCACAAGAACACAUCCCCCUUCGCCUUGGCCACGCAGUACCUGAGCGUCUGGGAGCUCUCCUCCCUGGGCUUCUUCGACUGUCUGAACCCCACGCUGCUCGGCUGCCACCCACUGACCACCAUGACCUUCAACAUAGUCAACAUCUGGCUGUCUGUGGAAGACCACUGUGGCUAUGACUUUCCCUGGUCCACGCACCGGCUAGUGCCUUACGGCUGGUAUGGCGGAGUGUCCCACCACGACCUGCACCACAGGAAGAUAAACUGCAACUAUGCCCCAUAUUUCACCCACUGGGAUAAGCUAUUGGGGACUCUGAGCUUGGGCUACUCUGCAGGAAAUCCCCCAACCCCUGCCCCUUGGAACUGAGCCCUCCUUGGGGGUACAAGGUGAAAAAAAGAGGAAUUUAUUUUAAGUGAAAGAUUAUUGUCUAGUUAGAAUCUAUGAGAGAUGGGAUUUCAUGUAUUUUUACAGUCUGAGCAUAUUUAUUUUGUACAAGAAGAAUGCAAAGUUAUAUAUAUAUAUAUAAUAUGCAUAUGUAUAAAAUACAUAGAAAUCUAUAUGUAAAUAUCAGUGUCUAAAUAAGCCGAGAAAACGGUGUAGACUUGACCUUGAAUGUCAGCCCUCUGAGGAUCGGGAUUCAGUACCUGGCACUCUGUUGCUGUGACAGCCUGGGGAUGCUGUCUCUUCUUGGGCAUUGCUCCACCGGGUCUGACACCCUGAGACUAGCUGGACGAAUGAAAUUGCUUGUGAGAAAGCAUUUCCCCUGUGCUGAAACGUGUCCCUGAGCCAGGAUAGCACGCCGCCCCCACCCACCCCAAUGAGUUUUGUAGAUCGUCUGUCUGACUCGUCUAUUUAUAAUCUAUGGAGCUGAUUCCUGCUGGACAGUGAAAAAGCCAAGAGGAUUUUUCUAUUUUUCCUUUCUUUGUACUGUGACCUGUAUUUAUACUGCACUAACCAAUGUGAUGUUUGUGUUUCUGAUUUUUUUUUUCAAAAAACAAAAACAAAACAGACAAAAC